CAUGGCGUGAUCUGGCAGCACUGUGGCCACCAUAGAGCAAGUCAGGGAGUGGUGUCAUUGCAUCGGGCUCUGGAGUCAGAGGGACUGCGCUUCCUGCACGUCACUGUGGGCUCCCUGCUCGCUGCCUACGCCUGGUACAUGGUCUUCAGCUAGUACAUGGUCUUCGGCUGCAUUCUCCUGUUGGCAGUCUUUCAGAAGCUUUCUGCCCGCCUGAGGGCCUCCAGGCAGAGGCAGCUGGACAGGGCGGCAGCUGGUGUGGAACCUGAUGAUGUGAGACGACAGGAGGCUUUAGCAGCUGUUCGCCUGAAAAUGCAGGAAGAAUUAAGUGCCCAAGUGGAAAGGCACAAGGAGAAACUAUGACAGCUUGAGGAAGAGAAAAGGGGAAGGAAGAUUGAAAUGUGGGGCUGCAUGCAAGAGGGGAAAUGCUACAGAGGCCGCCAGGAAGAAGACAGCCCAGGGGCUUCUACUUCAUCCAGCUUCCACAAACAGCAAGCAAGCGACAGAAAGAAGCCUCUAUGCGUGGGUAGUUAUAACCCUUUGUCUGGGGGAGAAGAGGGAGCCUGCGCCUGGAGACCUGGACAUAGAGGCCCAUCGUCUGGCAGAUGAGGCUAAGAAGCCUUGCCCAGUGUCACUCGCACUUGCCUCUCCAGGGGACCCGGUCAGGGCCGGGCCCAGGGACAAUAGCACUGAAAGGCAGUGGAGUAGGCCUCAGUCCCACAGUGGCCACGAACC